AGGCUUAGGAGCCGGCCUGCAACCUGCCGGAGCGGCACUGGUAGCCACCACCGCCCGAGCGGCUUCCACCACUGACACCUCGGAAGGGAUCCGGUUGAGGAGGAAGCGGAGGUGUCGCUAGCCCCUGCCUUUGUCUAGCCACCGAGUGGGCAUUCAAGAGGCACUGCAGUACCCCCUCACGUGUUGCUAAAGGAGUUGUCAACCACACCAAAAUGAGUCUACAUAGUACUAGUGGGGGACAUGAGAGAUCGAGAGACAGACGGAGGUCCAGUGAUAGAUCACGAGAUUCAUCUCAUGAAAGAACGGAAUCUCAGCUUACUCCGUGUAUUAGAAAUGUUACUUCCCCAACACGACAGCACCAUGUUGAACGAGAAAAAGAUCACAGUUCCUCUCGUCCAAGUAGUCCUCGACCUCAGAAAGCAUCUCCAAAUGGUUCCAGUAGCAGUGCUGGUAACAGUAGCAGGAACAGUAGUCAGUCAAGUUCCGAUGGCAGCUGUAAGGCGUCUGGGGAGAUGGUGUUUGUAUAUGAAAACGCAAAAGAGGGAGCCCGGAGUGUACGAACAUCAGAACGAGUGACGCUAAUAGUGGAUAACACUAGAUUUGUUGUGGACCCAUCCAUUUUUACUGCACAGCCAAACACAAUGUUGGGCAGGAUGUUUGGAUCUGGCAGAGAACAUAACUUUACACGUCCCAAUGAGAAGGGAGAGUAUGAGGUGGCAGAGGGAAUUGGAUCCACUGUGUUUCGAGCUAUUCUAGAUUACUAUAAAACAGGAAUAAUCCGUUGUCCUGAUGGCAUUUCUAUUCCUGAACUGAGAGAAGCAUGUGACUAUCUUUGUAUCUCUUUUGAAUAUAGUACUAUUAAAUGUAGAGAUCUCAGUGCCCUAAUGCAUGAGUUAUCAAAUGAUGGUGCUCGUAGACAGUUUGAAUUUUAUCUGGAAGAAAUGAUCCUGCCUCUCAUGGUAGCUAGUGCCCAGAGUGGGGAACGAGAAUGCCACAUAGUGGUGCUUACAGACGAUGAUGUGGUUGAUUGGGAUGAAGAGUAUCCACCACAGAUGGGAGAGGAGUAUUCACAAAUUAUUUAUAGCACAAAAUUAUAUAGAUUUUUCAAGUACAUUGAAAACAGAGAUGUGGCCAAAUCAGUUUUGAAGGAGAGGGGUCUUAAGAAGAUUAGACUGGGAAUAGAAGGUUAUCCUACCUACAAAGAAAAAGUAAAGAAAAGGCCUGGGGGCCGCCCAGAAGUGAUUUACAAUUAUGUCCAAAGACCCUUUAUUCGAAUGUCCUGGGAGAAGGAAGAAGGAAAGAGUCGGCAUGUAGACUUUCAAUGUGUAAAGAGUAAAUCUAUCACCAAUCUUGCAGCAGCUGCCGCUGACAUUCCUCAGGACCAGCUGGUAGUCAUGCACCCCACUCCACAAGUCGAUGAGCUGGAUAUUCUCCCUGUCCAUCCCCCUUCUGGCAGUAAUGACCUCGACCCUGAUGCCCAGAACCCAAUGCUGUGACGUCGACGUUCCUGGAAACCAUAGCAUGCUACUUUUCACAGUGACGUUGCACUCUCCUCAUUCUGCACUGCAAGCCGCUCUCCUCACUGUGAGAUGCACAUAACAGUGUUUAGUAAUUGCAGUGUAGGCUUUUUUGAAGACCAAAGGUAGCUGAAUGGUUUUUUAAGAGAGUACAGCUCUACCAUCCUGAGGUUCCAGUUACAUAAAUGUCUUUGUUUACCAGUAGGUUUGUGAAAUUGGUUCUUUGUAUGGGGGACAGUUCUUUUUCACACAUCUAGAUCUUUUCAGAAGUGGUGGAAAUUGGCAGCUGGGGUAUUUUCAGUCUAGAUUGACAUUCAUGACAUCCCAGAUAAAAUGUAGAGUAUUAUAUAGUUGCACUUUAUAAAUGGUGGUUAAAUGGAACUGUUCAAGCCAUUUUUAUAGUUGUGAUGCGCAAUAUAACUUAAGUAAGUGCUUCUAUCAAAAUUUUCCUUCAGUAAAAUGUGUAUAGUUUGCUGCCCAAGAUGAGCAGAAAAAUGAAUUUUUAUCACUGGGCUUAUUUGAAUGAUAAGGAUGAGAUUCAAUGCCUGUAUCUUAUUGGUUCCCUCCAGUGCCAUUUUCACCUUUUUAGAAUGUGUCACAUGCAGGGAGUGUGAACAUCAGAGUUGGUUUAUUAUCCAGUCUGCCUUACCCUUAAUCUGUUCACAGAUAUUUAUUUACUAAUGCUUUUUUUUCUUACAAGUUAUGGGAUAGGAAAAUGAAGUGUUGCUCUUCAUUUACUAAAUGAUUGUAAACUCAAGUUUUUCAUCAAAAUAAAAUUCCAUUGUUUUAA